AGUCGGCUGCUACCUACCUGCCCAUUCAUCAUGGACAAGGUCCUUGUCCUUCUGCUCGUCACCCUCGCUGUGGCCUAUGCAGUUCCCGACCCCCGGGGAAUCUUUAUCAACCUGGAAGAGGGCGAGCUCUGCAUGAACAGUGCCCAGUGCAAGAGCAAGUGCUGCCACCGUACAAGUGGGCUGAGCCUGGCCCGCUGCGCACCCAAGGCCAGCGAGAACAGCGAGUGCUCCGCCAAGACGCUCUAUGGGGUUUACUACAAGUGUCCUUGCGAGCGGGGCCUGAGCUGUGAUGUGGACAAGUCUAUCGUGGGCUCCAUCACCAACACCAACUUCGGCGUCUGCAAAGAUCCUGGACGCUCCCGGGAGUGAAACCACCCACCCAGCCCUGCCCGCAGCGCAUCACACAGAAGGCUCUCCUCCUUCACCACCUCUGCCCGGCUGGCCACCCCCUUGACCACCACCUCCAUUUUCUAAUUGGGUUCUUGGCAAUUAAAG